AUGGGGCCACAAACAUUACAGAUGAGAGAUGAGAAAACCGACUACACACCACAGAAGUCUGAACGACCAAAAGAUGUCACACUAACACAUGGGGCCACAAAAAUUACAGAUGAGGAAACCGACUACACAUCACAGAAGUCUGAAAGACCAAAAGAUGUCACACUAACACAUGGGGCCACAAAGAUUACAGACGAGGGAACCGUCUACACAUCACAGAAGUCUGAAAGACCAAAAGAUGUCACACUAACACAUGGGGCCACAAACAUUACAGAUGAGGAAACCGACUACACACCACAGAAGUCUGAACGACCAAAAGAUGUCACACUAACACAUGGGGCCACAAACAUUACAGAUGAGGAAACCGACUACACACCACAGAAGUCUGAACGACCAAAAGAUGUCACACUGACACAUGGGGCCACAAACAUUACAGAUGAGGAAACCGACUACACAUCACAGAAGUCUGAAAGGCCAAAAGAUGUCACACUAACACAUGGGGCCACAAACAUUAGAGAUGAGGAAACCGACUACACAUCACAGAUGUCUGAAAGACCAAAAGAUGUCACACUAACACAUGGGGCCACAAACAUUACAGAUGAGGAAACCGACUACACAUCACAGAAGUCUGAAAUACCAAAAGAUGUCACACUAACACAUGGGGCCACAAACAUUAGAGAUGAGGAAACCGACUACACAUCACAGAAGUCUGAAAGACCAAAAGAUGUCACACUAACACAUGGGGCCACAAACAUUACAGAUGAGGAAACCGACUACACACCACAGAAGUCUGAAAGGCCAAAAAUGUCACACUAA